AUGUUAGAGCAGGACUUUUCGAAAAUAGCCGACAAAGAAAUUAAUGAGGAUAAAGACCUAGAAGCACUUAUCGAACAGCUUAAAAAUGAUCCGCUUGGCGAAUAUACGCGAAAAGAUAUCGAUAUUGUAGAGGUCGCAAAACGAAUACGACUUGGCUUAGAGUAUGCAACAUUUAAAAUCAAAAAUGGAUGGGAGAAAUACGAUGUCGCGACUUGUGAAAUUUUGUUUGAAGAAAAAAUGCGCAUAAAUGCGAUUCCCGUUCCGAAGAUAUUAGGAAGGAUUAAAAGUGGCUUACCAACUCGUGAAUAUGAAUUACCAGUGGCUCCACAAUAUAUGGAAUACAGUAAUGGACCAGGAAAUAAAGCUAAGGUUACAAACACGUCACCAAAAUCAACGGCAAUGGAUACUAAAUUUGAUAUUGCAGACGAUGCACUUCCUCACCAGCGUAUGCAAGACUCUUUUCGAUUAUCCGGCUCAUCCAGACUUUCUGGAUCGAAAGCUGCCGCAAUAUAUGAAUAUUUAGAUUCACUAGAAAUGGCAUCGCAAGAUCUAUGCAUUAACCAAGAUCCGAUGUCAUCUUUACUAUCAAAUUCGCAAUUUAUUGGAUCAAAUAAUUUCUGUGCACAAGAUUUGGGACAAUCUUUUUUGGAGACAGGAUCAUUAAGAUCUAUUGAACCAAGCAAAUUAACCACUAGUAAAUCUAAAAAAUCACGAGACCAAUCUUCGAGGCACAAAGGAUUAUUUCAUCAGCCCCCUGUUUUGAUCCCACUCACCUCCAAGAUCCCCGAACCAAGUCACGCAGAUAGUCACGUGAUAACCCGAAAUCCGGUGGUUUCAGAAAACAAACGUCCAAAACCGACUGUACAUUCAAUAAAUGAAGAUGUUGAUAUGGAGGACUUUUUUGGUGCUACAGAAAGUAGUUUGCAUACUAUGAACUCAAAGCAAACCAUUAGCGAAAAUUCUUUAGCUUCACAAAAAGCUACAGUGUCACCAAAUACUUUAUUUCAUGAACUUUGGGCAACUGCAAGCACAGUUGCUCCACAAAAGACAGCUUCGACGUCCAUGUCUCCAGGACAAUUAUUCAAUGAACUUUGGGCAACUUCAAGCGUUACACAGAAAGACAAUGCCGGAGCAGAAUCAACACUUGCAACUUCCAUGUCGCCUGAUACAUUUCUUGAUGAACUUCUGGCUGCAAGUACUUAUGAAGACGAUGACGACGAAAGAACACCAAAGGAUAGCACUGCCGAAUCUACCCAAACAUUAGCGAUGUCCCCCGGCACCAUUUUCCGAGCUGCAUUAGAUGAUUGGGCAGCUGUUGAUUCUAAUUUUCCUAAUGCAAUACUUUCUCAUUUGCCGAAUUUGCCAUCAUCUCCUUUGGCAUCUUCUCCACCACAUACACCUUCAAGAUUAUCGUCAAAUGUUCCCACACUCGCCUCUCUUACUUCAUCUUCGGCAAGGGUUCCUUUAACAACUACUGACCUUGAUCCUCCGAGAACCCCACCACAUCAAAUUCGUUCGGCAAUGGAUUUAUCGACGCCAAACUCGGCAUUCUCACUGA